CUCAACAAUUCCCACAAAAUUCUCCGCAUAAACCUCAUAAAAGAAAAAAGAAAAACUGACCAGGUAGAGAUCAUCUCAUCACACUAACAGUUACUAAAUAUAUACAUACAUCUAUAUGUGUGUGUGUGUAUAUAUAUCUUCUCUCUUAGCUGCCGCCAUAAAUCAGAUCUCCAGAUUGAGACCUCUCCCAUUUCCCCAGCUAACUAAACUACCAGCUAUAGCUUCUAAUCUAUACUAUGGCCUUGAGCUCAUAUCCAGCAUUGAACUGGCCAGUGGUCCAUGAUCACUUCCAUGGCUUCAUACCGAUUCCACCGGCUGCAGCUACUGAAGCUCCUCAUCAGCUUGAGAUGCCUGCCAGUGCCGCCGCCUUUCCCAGUUAUAGCAACAAUGCCGGUGCUGCCUUGAGUGUCGUUUAUAAUAACAGGCACAGUGAUGUCGUUAAGGCCGAUCCAUUGUUUUUCAACAAGGGAUACUUUGAUUACGGCAUCACCGGUGAUGCUCAGCCAGCUGAUGACUACAGCUGUAUAUCCUCCUCCUACCCAGACUGCUACAACUACUAUAGCAACUAUAGUACUGUCGACGAUCUGCUCGAUCCUGCAGAGACCUACUUCUCAUCUCCUGCCGCCGAUCCUCUGUCACUGGCCGGCUGCUAUGACAUGAAUUAUGGUGAUUAUCAUCUUCAGCAGCAGCUGUUGUCCGGACCUGGGAUUCUUGGCCUCCACGACUAUAAUGAGGAUGCCUAUGCGGACCAGUUCUACCAACGUCAACUGCCUGCAGCUCAGCCUCCAAAGCGGCACAGGCCAUGCUACUUUGAUCUUCCCGGUAAUCUGCUGUUCCCUCCGGGGGAUACUUGCCCACCAGCUCAACUUCCAGUGUUGCACGCGAUCGAUGGAGUUUCCUCUAAUAUGACCAAAGCAGAGGAGUAUAUUGAGCACACCAGGCCGAGGCCGAGGAGGGUGUCUGCGCAGAGCCUGGCGGCUCGGGAGAGGCGGAAAAGGAUAUCGGACAAGACGCAGGAGCUGGGGAAGCUCAUCCCAGGUGGGAGUAAGAUGAACACUGCCGAGAUGCUUCAGUCCGCAUUCAACUACGUCAAGUUCCUGCAGUCUCAAGUCCAAAUUCUCCAACUCAUGGCUUCUUCCAACCCCAGUCAGGAAGAUGAUCUUGCGGAGAAACCAGAAAAGGAAGAGGAUGAGGCCGAGAAGGGAUCAUCAUCACCGAGUCUGCUGCGGUUGGUGGCCUCCCCGACAGUUCAAGAGAAGCUGUACAAGGAGGAGAGCUGCAUUAUUCCCCGGUCUCUAGCCAAAGCCCUUGUCCACAGCCAUCCCCAUCUUCCGGACCUCCACCAGCUCCUCUAAUCGAAUUUUCCAUUAAUUUUGCCAUUAAUCAUCUCCCUUCGCUUAUGUAACUAAUUUGUAUUUUUUUUUGUCUAGUUGCAAUCUUACUUGUCACGUUAGUUACAUCGUCAUCGGUUGUAGGUAUGUAUCUCAUUCAGUUUGAUAUUAUCCUAUCGUUUAAGCACUUGAUAAUCCCAGUUGAG